UAGUGGGUUGGGUGUGUGUGAGUUCUGAGUUUUCAUUUAUCUAGAAAAUAAUUAUUUAAUAUUUUAAUUUGUUUUUUGUGUGCAUGUUGAUAUGCGUGUGUUUUAUAACAAUUAUUUAAUACAUAUCACAGUUAACCGUAGCGGUAGUUUCCUGUGAACUUUACAUUUUAUUUGCUGAAGAAUUGGCAUCAAUAAAAGAAUGCUGAGAGGAAGGGUGCAACAUUUACUUCAUUGUCUAUUUUUUAUGACAUUUAUAUUUAUUUUUUUGGUAUUUGCUGGUGCUAUAAGUUUGGAUGAUAAAGAAAAGAGAAUUAUUGAUCCAUGGGAAGAAUAUGGAAUUUAUGGAACCAUUACUCUUUAUGUUCUUAGACUCCUAACGUUACUAACAAUACCACAAGUUCUCUGCAAUUUUGCAGGAUUGACAUUAUUUAAUGCUUUUCCUGGUAAAGUGAAAUUGAAAGGGUCGCCAUUAUUAGCACCUUUUAUUUGCAUUAGAGUAGUUACAAGAGGUGACUUUCCAAAGCUUGUACGGGAUAAUGUAACACGAAAUAUGAAUACAUGUGUUGAUGUGGGAAUGGAAAAUUUUAUGAUAGAAGUUGUUACCGACAAAGUUAUUAGUUUGCCAAAGCAUCGCAGAGUACGAGAAGUGGUGGUCCCAUCUGAAUAUAAGACUAAAACUGGUGCUUUAUUUAAAUCCCGUGCAUUACAAUAUUGUUUAGAAGAUGAUGUAAACAUUCUUGCUGAUACUGACUGGAUUGUCCACUUGGAUGAAGAAACAUUGUUGACGGAGAAUUCUGUGCGUGGUAUACUCAAUUUUGUUUUUGAUGGUCAACAUCAGUUUGGCCAAGGACUUAUUACUUAUGCUAAUGAACAAAUAGUCAAUUGGCUUACUACUCUGGCAGACAGUUUCAGAGUUGCAGAUGAUAUGGGAAAGCUUAGAUUUCAAUUCUACUUUUUUCAUAAGCCACUAUUUAGCUGGAAAGGUUCUUAUGUCGUAACACAGGUUGGUGCAGAAAAGAAAAUAUCAUUUGAUAAUGGUUUAGAUGGGUCUGUAGCUGAGGACUGUUAUUUUGCUAUGAAGGCUUAUAUGGAAGGCUAUACUUUUAAUUUUAUUGAAGGAGAAAUGUGGGAAAAAUCACCUUUCACCUUAUGGGAUUUUAUGCAGCAGAGAAAACGUUGGAUUCAAGGUAUUCUUUUAGUGGUACACAGUAAAGAAAUUCCUUUAAUUAAUAAGGUGUUUCUAGGUAUCUCUUGUUACUCAUGGGUCACACUGCCAUUAUCAACUAGUAAUAUGUUAUUAGCCGCACUCUGUCCAAUACCAUGUCCACAAUUUCUAGAUUUCGUUUGCGGCUUCAUUGGUGCUGUAAAUAUUUAUAUGUACAUUUUUGGUGUCAUAAAGUCUUUCCCCAUUUAUAGAUUUGGCCCCUUGAAAUUUUGUUUGUUUGUAUGUGGGGCGUUAGCUACCAUUCCAAUUAAUAUUAUAAUAGAAAAUAUAGCAGUAAUAUGGGGUGUUUUAGGCAAGAAGCACAAAUUUUAUAUAGUCAACAAAGAAGUUAAGAUUCCUGUGACAGUAUAGCUUUUUUAUUUUUGUACAUUUAAAAUUUAUAGUCACUAGAUAAGUGCACAAAAUACUUAAUGUGAUUAUGACUGAUUGUAUGUUUGCAAGGGAAUAAUUGCUGCUUUUUGUGUAUGGUUUAUGGAUGAUUAUAAAAGCAAACAUAAAUGUUUUUUUGUACCAAAGAAUUAAAUAUUAAUUACCAUAUAAUAAGAUAUUUAAAGAGCAAUCAUUAUCAUAGAAGUAGGUUAAAAUUUAAAGUUAAUUUAUAAAGCUAAUUCCCGAUGAUUGUAUUUUUCCAACAUUUAUAAUUCACCUUAAUUAGUUGAUUAGAAUUCAAAUAUACAUAAUGUUCACAAGCAUAAAUUAUACUAGCCAAAACUUCUUUAACAAGCACAAAUUUUCAUAUAAAUAAACUGUUUAUCUGAUAUUAUUCUUGAAGAUUUUGAUAAUUUCGUUAUUGUAUUAUGAAGAAUGUAUUUUGUAUUACUAUAAUAACAUAAAUGUUGACCUACAAAAAACUCAAUGAAGCAAUUUUCUACUGUUAACAUCAUCAUUUCCCUUUUUUUCUUAUAUCAUUGAACACUUAAUGUUAUCUUACAGAUCAAUCUGUCUUUAUAUCUGAAUAAAAUCCCUACUUACAUAAAUCCUCUUUUUACUUAAAGGAUGAUCUCUUAAUUUAAUGGCCAUAAUCACAUUACAAAUAGUUAUUUAAGAUGGUGAGAAAACAAUGUCUAUGUAAAAUAGUUCAUGGUACUUUUAUGUAUUAUAUAAUUAUAUACAUAUUAUAAUUACCAGUAUUAGAAAUAUUGUGGUACAUAGCGAAAACUGAACAUGUGAAUCAAUAGUAUUAAUUGUUGAUUUUUUUUACACAAAUUACCAAUUUUCUGUUUGAAAUCCUGGUUAUUAAUAUUUCAUUCAAAAGAUCUCGUCAUUUUUAUAAGGACCAUACAAUGGGGCUAAGGAUAAUAUAUUUAAAAUACACACUAAAUAUGUCCACAAUAGCAUAUUUUUGAAAGUGUGUACAGGAUGUUUUGUUGGGUGUUCGAAUUUGAUUGGAAAAUGUUUUUUUUUUCGUUGGGUCAAUUGAUUCUUUUGACCCUUUGGCCCACCAAGAAACACCCUGUCUACCCAUGAUGCCUGUUUAGUUAAUGUGGCUAAGACACUUAUAAAAGUAUAUGAUUUUAGUUUCAAUUAGCUUAAUUUAUCUGUGAAUUUUAAUUAAAUUGUGGGGCACUUUUAAUAUAGUCUUAAAAGUAAGGAGUGUCUCACAGAAAUGAAUAUAUUUUUUCCACCAAUAGUUGUACAAUUUCAAGACAUGUAUAUUAUUUUUAAUAUUGAGUUAUUUCAAGUAAUUUCCUUUAAAUUAA